GAGCCCUAGGGCGGCAGCUUGGCGCGGCCUCAGGCCUCGUCGGGGGAGGAUGCUGUCCCGCAAGAAAACCAAAAACGAAGUGUCCAAGCCGGCCGAGGUGCAGGGCAAGUACGUGAAGAAGGAGACGUCGCCUCUGCUGCGGAAUCUGAUGCCAUCAUUCAUCCGGCAUGGUCCAACAAUUCCAAGACGAACUGAUAUCUGUCUUCCAGAUUCAAACCCUACUGCUUUUUCAACUUCUGGAGAUGGAGUAGUUUCAAGAAACCAGAGUUUCCUUAGAACUCCAAUUCAAAGAACACCUCAUGAAAUAAUGAGAAGAGAAAGCAACAGGUUAUCUGCACCUUCUUAUCUUGCCAGGAGUCUAGCAGAUGUACCUCGGGAAUAUGGCUCUUCUCAGUCAUUUCUCACAGAAAUUAAUUUUGCUGUUGAAAAUGGAGACUCUGGUUCCCGAUACUAUUAUUCAGAUAAUUUUUUUGAUGGCCAGAGAAGGCGGCCACAUGGAGAUCGUGCACAUGAAGACUACAGAUACUAUGAAUACAAUCAUGAUCUCUUCCAAAGAAUGCCGCAGAGUCAGGGGAGGCAUGCUUCAGGUAUUGGGAGAGUUGCUGCUACAUCAUUAGGAAAUUUAACUAACCAUGGUUCUGAAGAUUUACCCCUUCCUCCUGGCUGGACUGUGGACUGGACAAUGAGGGGAAGAAAAUAUUAUAUAGAUCAUAACACAAAUACAACUCAUUGGAGCCAUCCUCUUGAGCGAGAAGGACUUCCUCCUGGAUGGGAGCGAGUUGAAUCAUCAGAGUUUGGAACCUAUUAUGUAGAUCACACAAAUAAGAAGGCUCAGUACAGGCAUCCCUGUGCUCCUAGUGUCCCUCGGUAUGAUCAGCCUCCUCCCGUGACAUACCAGCCACAGCAAACUGAAAGAAAUCAGUCCCUUCUGGUACCUGCAAAUCCAUAUCACACUGCAGAAAUUCCUGACUGGCUACAGGUUUAUGCUCGAGCACCUGUGAAGUAUGACCACAUCCUGAAGUGGGAACUCUUCCAGCUGGCUGACCUGGAUACUUACCAGGGAAUGCUGAAGCUGCUCUUCAUGAAGGAACUGGAACAGAUUGUCAGAAUGUAUGAAGCCUACAGACAAGCUCUCCUCACUGAGCUGGAAAACCGCAAGCAGAGACAGCAGUGGUAUGCCCAGCAACAUGGCAAGAAUUUUUAAGUUAAUUUUUUAAAAUGAAAUUUAAGUUUUCUAAGAGCUUUAACAUAUUUUCACAGAUAAACAAUUGCAAACAAGUAUUUUGAUUAUUAAAGGCAGCUUACUUUUUGGAAAUUAUAAAAUUCUAAUUUUACAUGUAUUUUGUUAUUAGAAAUUUUGUUUUAUUGAUCAAAAAACUAGUUGAUCAUUUUCAGAGCCAGCAUGGCAAAAACACUUCCAAAUGCCGUAUGGUAGGUAGAAAACUGCCUUGAAUAUUCUUGAUGGAGAAAAAUGCAAGAAAAUGUCAGUAUAGCAGACCUUUAUUAGGAAAUGACGACUUGGUAACUUCUGUAGCAGCAGUACCUUUCUUUAAAACCGAGAGGGUGUCUAUGCAGUGUUUUACAACAAGAUGUUUACUGCUUUAUUGUAGAGAUUGUCUAGAAUGGGAUGAUGUAUAUAUUACCGUGGUAGAGUGCAAAAUAUAAAAUAGGAUUUGGAAUUUUGGUUGUGCUAAAUUUCUAAAUAGGACGUAUGUGGUUUUCCUUCCUCCACUCCCAUUCCCCACGUGUAAGGAACCCUUUUGAAGCAUGUUGAGCAAGUAUUUCUUGGUAAAAGGCCUUUGAAUCUUUCAGGGACAAAUGUAAGCAUGAAGCCAGUUGCUAACAUAGUGUGCUUUACUUUCAGCCAGAGCUCUCUGUUUAGCAUGGCUGUGACAUAGACUGUUCUGACAGAAUGGUUGGUAAGCUGCCUAAAAUGACAAUCAGGGAUUCACUAAGAAAUAUUAGUCAUUAAAUUGAUUUUGUUACUUUUUUUUAUCUUCUGAGUGUUUGUCACAGAAUUUCAAAACCAUUUAUUUCUUUCCUAGUUUCUAGUUGUUAAGAUACUGUUCAUAAUGAGUGCAGUACAUUUCAUUAUAAACAAGUUUAUGAUACUUCUAGCCUGUAAACCUCUCAAAUUCUGUGAACUUCAAUAUUAGUUGAAAUAGGUCUUCAGUCAUAUUUACCUGUCUUGUAAAUAUGUAAAUAUAUUUUUAGAUUAGGUAGUCUUCCAAAAUACCAAGCACUCCCAGUUAGAAUUAGUGAGUUUGAAUUAUUGAGAAAAUGUUAAGUGUUUGAUUUUAUAUAACAAGCUUAUUAAAUAUAUUUUUGUGGAAACUAAA